AUGAUCAGACUACACGAGAUUAAGAUGAAUAUUGUCGCCUCAUACAAUGCAGAUAUGAACUUCCAGAUGAACUUCAUUGCUUUGUUGAUCAACUCUCUUAUAGAAUCAAGCUCAUCCAGAAAAGCAAACACAUAUCCCUUGAACUAUAUCAUGAAGACAAAACGAUGUUUUGAUCCAUCCAAUCCAACAAGCAAUUUUGUUGGACCAUCUGCUUUUUUAGUGUUGCUUUAUGUAGAUAGAGUCCAUUGCAGUGUAGUUAAUGCUGAGAGAAAACGACCAGUUAUUUGUCAUUGGACAUCAGAGAAAAUGAAGCUUAGAGAAAUUUACGAAAAAGAAAUCCUGAAGAAAUUUGAUCAAAAUGCCGAAGAAGACAACGGAAAUAAUGAUGAUGAUGAUGAUGAUGAUGAUGAUGAAGAUAAUGAUAAUGAAGAUGAUGAUGAUGAUGAUGAUGAUGAUGAUGAUGAUGAUGAUGAUGAUGAUGAUGAUGAUGAUGAAGAUAAUGAAAAUAAUGUUAAAGACUUAGAGAAUAGUGUUAUUGUGGGAACAGCUGAAAAAAAAACUGAGUCAAGAAAGCGAAAAGCCAUAGCUUCAAAAACAAAAGAUCAACUACUUGAUAAAAAUGAAGAAGAUUCCGAUUCUGAAACAAAAGAAAUAAAGAAAAGAAAGAAGAAGAUAGUGAAGAAGCAUUUUGAUACAAUCAGAAACAUGUGUACACUUGGAGCUUUUUUAUCCAUUAUACAAGGCUUCAAUGAAGUACAAAAAGAUUGUGUGAGACAGAUGGGUUUUGCCGGGAUAUUAAACAUGAAGAUGACAGAGGUCCCAGGUGCCUUAAGUUGCUUUGUUCUUAACAAUUUUAACUUAGAGACAAAGAAGAUAGUUCUUGAAAAAGGAGUGAUUGAUGUCACCAAAGAAUCGGUGAAAGAAAUUCUUGGAUUUCCUUUGGGAAGAAAACAGUUUUCAAAAAUUCCAUUCAGAACAAAAGAAGAUAAAUGUUAUGAAGAAUGGACAAACCAGUUUGAAGACAAGAAGAUGAUUCGACUUUAA